AUGGUGAGAAGGGGGCCGAAAGGCUUCUUACAAAAAAUAAGGGGGAUAUCCACAGGCUCUGUCGUGGGUAAGAGAGUAGAAUCUAGCGAAGAAUUGGAUGCUAUCUUUGCAAAACCAUCAUGGUCGACGUCUGAUCUUCUGGAUAAAGAGGCUGAGCCAGUUGAAAUCACCGAAGAUAUGUUAAAUGGUCUUCUUGAACUCUCAGGGUUGAGUAAAAGCCUUUCUAAGGAGGAAAAAACUACUAUUGUCAACUCGUUAACCGAACAAUUGAGUUUCAUACGAAAACUUCACAAUGUCGAACUGAAACGUGGAGCUCAGAAUUCGGCUCGUUUGGUUGACGACCAAAGCGUCCAACCUUUGACAUUCGAAAAUUUGAUGGAAAGAAUCUCAACUACUCAAGGUAUGAUGUCGAAGGGAGAGGUGGAGAAUUCGUGGAACCCGAUUUCAUUGGCAUCAGAGCAUCAGAACAGGUUCUUCUUGGUUAAAGAAGGGUUGCUGAAAAAAAAUAAAUGA